UGAACGCCCCGUUUUAGGUUUAAAAGAAGACAGCUGCUCAAUACCUCUUACUCAACAUCAUCAUCUGAGCUGUUGGCUGCUGAUCGUUUACCUUCUGUCAAGAAUCUCACCCUAAAUUCACAACAGACAUGAAACUCAUCCAGCGGAUACUGUGUAAGGUCCUACUCAUCACCACUUUAUUAUACAUCACUGAGGGACAAAAAUCAGGAUGUGAGGAGUGGACACCGAAUGAUCUUCAUGACAUCUGCUGUGAACGAUGCAGUCCAGGGUACCGUGUGGUGGCGCACUGUGGAAAAGACCUUCAUACACUCUGUACACCAUGUGAACCUAAUUCUUACACACUUAAUCCAAGAGCUUCGUUCUGCAACAGAUGCACUCAGUGUAUAGAUCCGCAGGUCGAGGUGAAACCCUGCAGUGGCAAAGCGGACACUGUGUGUGGGUGCAUACCUGGAUUUCGCUGUGGAAAUGAACAGUGUAGAUACUGUGUUGAGGAGUGCCCAAAGGGUCAAGAGCCAACAAAUGACCGUACUUGCAGAAAAUGCCCAGAGGGAACCUUCAAUAAUAAAACCCACAGCCCUUGUAAACCAUGGAGAAAAAGCUGUUCUGAAGGAGAGUACAUUAUUGCCAGAGGUAAUGAAUUCCGUGACAUUGUCUGCAGCAGGAUACCAGUGAUCACUCCUUCAGCCCCAAAAGAAACCACCACACCGAAAACCACUGAGAGAACAAAGACAGACGAUAACUCUAUAUAUCCGUUAAUUGGAUUUUUUGGUGGCAGUUCUGCACUCAUGAUCAUUUUCAUUUUAUUGCUGUGGCUCACCUACAAAAGAACAAAAAGCAAGAGCAAGAGCAAAGACCCCAAGCCGGAUACUCCAACCCAUGGAGAGCUCACUAUUAUGAUGGUGGAGCAUGAAGAAGCCUGCAGCUUCCAUCAGCCGGAGCAGGAGCAAGGUGGGAGCUCGGAGUCCAUCAACACGCAAGACUCGGAAACAAAACUCAUCGUGUGAGCUCUGUGGAUUACUUUGUGCAGUCUUUUCUCAUGCUGGGAUAUUACACAUGGUGCUGCGCAUGUUUUAUACACAGAGAUCCUCUUUUUGGUGCAGUCUUGAGAUGGAGCUUUGGACAGAGCUACAGGUGAACUUCUUGGUAUACUAUUUACUUAUGGAAGGAUGUCCUAGCAUGACCUACUUUAAAUAAAAGUUGCAGGAGAACAUGGCAGAUGCCGACUUGAGACAUUUUGUGCAAGAUAAAGCAGCUAGAGAGACAGACUUGCUUGCUGCUUGGUCACGUAGGAGUCUAAAUGUGAACCCUUGACACUUCUUAUAGACGUGGGCGUCUCCUACAGACUAUUGCGUCACACUUCUGACAGGCUUCUUGAAAUACCCUGGUGGGCUUCCCCCGGUUUCCUGCUUUAAAUGGCACUAUUUUAAAUGUCUCAUUUUAGAGACCUGGACAGGGUUUGGGGGAAGAUGACUGAAAAACAUUUGGUUAAAAUAGCAAAACUUCCUGGCACUGGCAAAAAUGUUCUUCUUAUCUUCUGAGAUGAUGAUUUUGCAAGCACCUCAUGAAAUCCACAGCACCAAGACUCUGGUGCUGAUCUGACAGCUUGUAAAGAUGAUGUUUUAAAAUUGUGUAAUAUGCAAAGGGAAUUUUGAAACUUUCUGGAACAAGCCCCAGGGAAGCCGUGCACUGUGUGAGGGUUUUCCCUGAGAGGACUUGUGUGGUAUAGAUCAGUGAGAAGCACAGGAGCAAAAGAGGAUUCGGGAGAAACUAAACUAACCUAACUACCCCUGCUCUUUAUUUAAAAAAAAAAAAAAAAAAAAAAGCUUUCUUGGCUACAUCACAGAUCAAGAAAGUGAAACUGAACCCGAUACUAAGCCUGUAAUCAUGAUAUUCAUCAGUUUUGUAAUAUUUGCUACUCCCGGUGAGUCAAAGGACUAAAGAUUGCGUGACUCAUAUGCCUUGACAGUACUCAAUAGCAAACAUUCCAUUUAAUUAAUCAGUAUGUGCCUGUGAUUCACCUGAGCUAAAAUUCAACUUCCCUUUUCGUUGGCACCCUGGAGUGAUCUCAGUUCUCUUCAAGGUAGUUUCUCUUGUGAAAAUCCACCCACAUCCUAUAGCUCUGCUAAUUUCAGAUGCAGACAUCUAGGGUUUUAACUUUAAUAUCAGCAAACACAACCAGUCAGGAACAACAGGACACUUAAAUGGAUCUGUUGUCUCAACGAGGACACAAUGAGCUCCAGGACAAUGGGGCAUGCUCCAACACACUUAACCGUCACUAUUCGAGUCAUAAUAUCAUGUAACUUAUUAUACUGUGCUGAUGCCACUUAAUGUUAUACAGUAUCUAUUAUUAAAACUGCUUAAUACAGUUUGUUAGCCAAAAUGUUUGUGCAAUAUUAUUUGUGUCAAAUAAAAAUGU